UAAUAGUUUCGUCAAAAUAUUUGUCUUGUUUGCGGUUCUUUUUUUCUGCUAAAGUUCUAAUCUUAGAGCCAAGAACUUUUUAGCUAGUUCACUUUAAAUAAAGUAGCUAUUAUUAAAUUCGCCUCGACCAAAGUGUAUUCACUGUGCACUCUGCCGCCUAUAUUUAGCUUAUGCAAAUAUUCCAGGGGUUUUUAAACUUUUGUCUACUGCAGAUUGCAGAAUGAAUAUCGACAUUACGACUUUGAGAUCAAAAAAUUAUAAAAGUAGAGAUGAAGCAUUUUUGGAAGAGAAUUUAGUGUCUAAAGAGCCAUUUGGCCAAUUUAAGGCAUGGUUUGAAGACGCUUGCAUGAGAAAAGAAAUCUUAGAACCUAAUGCUAUGUGUUUGGCUACAGCCACAAAAGAUGGAACUCCUUCUGCAAGAUUUGUAUUAUUAAAGGGGUAUGGGAAAGAUGGACUUAAGUUUUAUACAAACUAUGGAAGCAGGAAAGCUAAGGAAAUGGAGCAAAAUCCAAGAGUGGCAGCUACUUUCUAUUGGGAAGUCCUCAACAGAUCCGUAAGAAUUGAGGGUGUUGUGGAAAAAGUGUCUGAAGAAGACUCCGUCAAAUACUUCCACUCUCGGCCAGUCCCGAGCCAGAUUGCCGCCUGCGCCAGCUACCAAAGUACCCCAAUUGAAUCCAGGGAUGUUCUUUGUGAGAGAGAGAAAGCCCUGGAGGCCGAGUAUAUGAUGCCUGGGAAAGAAGUGCCUAAGCCAGCAUAUUGGGGUGGAUAUAUUAUUCGUCCCAAUGCUGUUGAAUUUUGGCAAGGGCAAAUGAGUAGACUUAGUGAUAGAAUUAAAUUUAGAAAACCAAUGAAUGGAGAGGUACCUGAUGGAAAAUUAUUACACAAGGGUGAUGAUGGAUGGGUUUAUGAGAGACUUUCGCCGUAGCACACUUAUUAAAUUAAAAAAAUAUAC